AUGGCGCAGAGCACGGAUGAUCAGCAGCAGCAGAAGGAGCAGGGUGCUCUGAUCGUGGACUCGCAGUACGAGAGCGAGGACCAGCAGUUCCUGGAGGAGCUGCACCUCGCAAGCAGCAACCAGUGCAGCGCCAGCAGUGAUCACGAAGGCAGCUUCUGCCCUCCGGAGACAUCCAAAAAGUCGUAUGCGCAGCUGCAGGCAGUCAAAACCGAACCCAUGGACUACGAGGAGCAGACUUUCUCAGACAGCGGUUCGUUCAUUAACUUUUCUUGCUUUCCCAUUAGGGCCGGCUAA